AUGAAUAACGAUCACAAUAACGAUAAUAAAAGCAUCACUUCAGAAGAAAAUAAUAUACUAAAAGAGCUUUUAGAGCUAUUUGACGAACUCAAACGAUGGGGUGAACCAGACGAAAGAGCAGUAAAACGAAUACUCAAAUGGAUAGCAUCGAAAAACACACUACCACAAAAUAUAUUCCAAAUAUUAUCAACCAAAAAAGAUGAUCCACCAUACACUUGUAUCUUGGGAUUCUUUUAUAAUUUUGGAAUCGGGACACCGUUAGAUCUCGAACGUGCAUUUUGCCUUUACCGAAAAAGUGCUGAAGCAGGAUACUUAAUCGCACAAAAUAAGGUUGGGUAUUGUAUAGUGAAGCAAAUUGGAACUACGGCAUCGGAAGAAACAGCGUUAUCGUGGUUUAAUCGUGCUGCACAGGCCGGCCAUUUACCAGCCCAAUAUAAUCUCGGCGUUUGUUAUGCGCAAGGGAAUUGUGGUGUAGAAGUAAAUGAGUCAAUGGCUUUGUAUUGGGGAGAGAAAGCAGCCAGAGCCGGUCAUCCAGCAUCACAAAUACAAUUGGCGUUACUAUAUACGUACGGAGUAAUAGUACAAAGGAAUAUCACAAAAGCAAUCUAUUGGUGUCGAAAAGCGAACGAAGCUCGUAACAAUGUGAGUCAACAUACACUUGGUGGAUACUAUCAGUCUGGGAUUGGGGUUCCUCGUGAUAUACAUAUGACUAUUAAAUUGUAUCGAAGGGCACAAAAUAACGAUUACGAGUUUACAGAAAAUUCUUUGAACUGUCUUUUUAAACCUGCAUCAAAGAAUUAA